AUGUAUACAUUUGCAAUCUGAUUUUCCGAAAUGUGAAAAGACGUUUAAUAUGAAUUUUACAGGAAAUUGGAUGCGAAGUAGCAGUAAGACAUUCUUUUUGACGAGGAUGCUUAAUUUGAGAUGUCUAUCAUCUGUUUCAUCACCACUUACUGGUAUCAGAGUAGUUGAUCUAUCAAGAGUUUUAGCAGGACCAUUCUGUUCUAUGUUAUUAGGAGAUCUUGGGGCGGAAGUUAUCAAGAUAGAAAGACCAGGUACAGGAGAUGAAACAAGACACUGGGGUCCUCCAUUCAUCAAUGGAGAAAGCUGCUAUUUUCUGUCAGUCAAUAGAAAUAAAAAGAGUCUUGCCGUAAAUCUCAAACAUCCAAGAGGAAUUGAAGUUGUAAAAAAGCUGAUUGCGUCUAGUGAUGUAGUCCUGGAGAAUUACAUUCCUGGAAAACUAGAGGAACUUGGUUUAGGGUAUGAAUCCUUGAAAGAAAGCAACCCUGGUCUAAUAUACUGCACUAUUACAGGUUAUGGUCAGACUGGUCCAUAUUCAUCGAGGGGUGGAUAUGAUCUGAUCGCUGCAGGGAUGGCAGGACUGAUGAAUAUAACAGGACCAGAGGAAGGUGAUCCAUGUAAAGUUGGUGUAGCAAUGACAGAUCUGUCUACCGGUCUCUACGCCAAAGGAGCUAUUCUAGCAGCAUUAUUACACAGGACACAGACAGGAGAAGGCCAGAGAAUUGAUACCAAUCUUUUAUCAACACAGGUGUCUCUAUUAACCCAUCUUGCUACUAACUAUUUAAUGGAUGGCAGAGAGGCAAAGAGAAGAGGUACACAACAUGAGAGUAUUGUUCCGUAUCAGGCUUUCAAGACUUCUGAUGGUUACCUGAUUAUAGGUGCUGGAAAUGAUAAAUCAUUCCAAACUUUAUGUAAAAGGAUAUGUUUAUCUGAGGUAGCAGAAGACCCUGAGUUCAAGAGCAAUGCACAGAGGGUUCGCAAUAGAGAAACACUUCUUCCUAUCCUCUCAAAAAGGUUAUCUGAGAAGACUACAAGUGAUUGGAUGGAUGUUCUUGAGGGGUGUGGCUUUCCUUACGGACCGAUCAAUACGAUUGGUCAGGUGUUUGAUGAUCCUCAGGUCAAACAUAAUCAUUUAGUUCAAGAGAUUGUUCAUCCCACAAUAGGUACAAUCAGAGUCCCAGGCCAUGCUGUACAAUACAGUAACAUAUCAACCCAAGAGAGCUAUCCACCACCAUUACUAGGAGAGCAUACAGCAGACAUUCUCAUCAAUCUUCUUGGCUACACACAAUCACAGGUAGAAGGGCUUCACAGAGAUAAAGCUAUAGCUCUUCCUUGAGACCGGACUACUUUCUACAUCCAUCCAUGAUUAGGACGAGAUACAGAUCUACACUUGAAGAAUUGAUGAGAGUGGUUUGUCAGAUUACUUGAGAGCUCACAUAAUUUGUUCUAAGGAUGAUUUAUUGGUAGAUUGAAUCCUAAGGCCCGUAUUCUGAACUCAGGUUUAACUUAAACUCAGGUUUAAAGUUUUGGGUUUAAAGUAUGAA